AUGGAUCCUUUCGUGGUCCUGGUGGUCUGUGCUCUCUGCUUGCUUUUCAUUUCACUCUGGAAGCAGAGCCAUGGGAAAGGGAAACUCCCACCAGGGCCCACUCCUCUCCCAAUUAUUGGAAAUAGCCUACAGAUCAAUUUUAAGAACAUCAACAAAUCUUUAAGCAGUUUCUCAAAAAUCUAUGGCCCUGUGUUUACUCUGUAUUUUGGCAUGAACCCCACAGUGGUUUUGUAUGGAUAUGAAGCAGUGAAAGAAGCCUUUUUUGAUCAAGGAGAGUACUUUUCUGGAAGAGGCCAUUUCCCAGUUGCUGAAAAAGCGAAGAGACAAAAAGGAGUCAUUUUCAGCAAUGGAAAGACAUGGAAAGAGCUUCGGCGCUUCUCUCUCUUAACUUUGCGGAAUUUUGGAAUGGGAAAGAGAAGCAUUGAGGAACGUGUUCAACAGGAAGCCCGUACUCUCGUGGAGGAAUUAAGGAAAACCAAUGCCUUACCCUGUGACCCGACUUUCAUCCUGAGCUGUGCUCCCUCCAAUGUGAUCUGCUCCAUUAUUUUCCAUCAUCAUUUUGAUUACAAAGACCAAGUUUUUCUUAAUUUGAUGGGAAAAGUCAAUGAAAAUGCCAAAAUUCAAAGCACACCAUGGGUACAGAUCUGUAAUGCUUUCCCUGUGCUCCUGGAUUAUUUUCCAGGGAGUCAUAACAAAAUACUGGAGAAUAUUGAUUAUUUAAAAACUUCUAUUUUGGAGAAAGUGAAAGAACACCAAGACUCCUUGGACAUUAACAAUCCUCGAGAUUUCAUAGAUUGUUUCCUGAUUAAAAUGGAACAGGAAAAGCACAAUAAGCAGACUGAAUUUACAAUUGAAAGUUUGUUAAUGACUGUAAAUGACCUGUUUUCAGCUGGAACAGAGACAACAACCACCACCCUGAAAUAUGGACUCCUACUUUUGAUGAAGUACCCUGAAGUCAAAGCUAAAGUUCAGGAAGAGAUUUACCGUGUAAUUGGCAGUCACCGAAGCCCCUGCAUGCAAGAUAGGGGCAACAUGCCCUACACAGAUGCUGUGGUGCAUGAGAUCCAGAGAUACAUUGACCUCCUCCCCACCAGCCUGCCUCAUUCUGUGACUCGUGAUGUAAAAUUCAGAGACUACCUCAUCCCCAAGGGUACAACCAUAUUAGCAUCCCUGACUUCUGUGCUUCACAGUGAAAAAGCAUUCCCUAACCCAAAGACAUUUGACCCUGGUCACUUUCUGGAUGAAAGUGGCAAUUUUAAGAGGAGUGAUUACUUCGUGGCUUUCUCCUCAGGAAAACGAAAUUGUUUGGGAGAGGGACUGGCCCGCAUGGAGCUGUUUAUAUUUCUGACCAGCAUUUUACAGAAAUUUACCUUGAAGCCUCUGGUUGACCCUAAAGACAUUGACAUUACUCCAGUUAACACUGGAUUGGUAUCUGUGCCACCCUUCUUCCAGCUCUGCUUUAUUCCUGUUUGA